AUGGAAAUCUUUCAAGAAGGCGAAUUAGAGGCAGAGAUUACUAAACAUGAAUUACGUGCAACUAGUGUUGGAAGUUGGUGGCAUUUAUUUUCCAAGACGUAUGAAGAAAUGGUCGAGUUGAUUUCACGUCCUGUGCGUGCAAUUUAUUCAAUCAAUGACCUGGGACAUGAACAAAUUCAAGUGGCGUCAAGUGAUGCAAGAAAACAAGGGCAAGAAUUUAUACGAGAAGAUUUUUAUCUAGAAAAUCAACGAGGUGAACAAUUGGCCUGUAGUUUCUGGCGUCGGAGACACGUGAGAGAUGGAGAUCCAAUUGUACAAUUGAUGCUGUCAUUGUCAUGUUUGAGUGACGAGAAGAAGAAGAAGAGAGUGGAUGACGUAAUACGUCAAGACACUAGAAAUACGGAGAGAAGGAGGAGAUAUUCGGAUUGGAAUUGUCAACAGACACGUGAGCGUGUCAAUGUAGAUCCGUGUAUUAUAUAUCUACACGGUAUGUCUAGUUCACGAAAAGAGUGUAUCUAUAUGCACCGUAAAAUCCUGGCAAAGGGGUUUUCAUUGUUUGCAAUGGACUUGUCAGGUUCUGGACUUUCUGGUGGCGAUCGUGUGUCCUUUGGGUCAUUUGAACGUGAUGAUGUACGGACAGCUGUGGAUUAUCUGAAUGCUACAGGUCGUGCAUCUGCUGUCGGUAUUUGGGGCCGCGAUAUUGGGUCUGUAGCAGCAUUAUUGCAUGUCAAAGACCGCAUGCCAUAUUCUUAUACGACUAGAACGGUCUCUGCAAGAGAAGCUGCAAAGCUCGAAAUUGUCAAGGAUGAAACGGAUCAUCAGCUUUUGUGCAUUCCUCCCUUGACAGGACUGAAAUUUCGAUUUCACAAGUACAGUGCUAUAAACGGCGACUUUGUCUUGCUUGCUAUUGACAGUACUCCUGUACAAGGGCUCAGUCCAGCAUCGUGCUACCGUCUUAUUCAGCAGAGUUGCAAGACAAAUGAUGGCCAAGCACGUUUACAUGGAUAUAAGCGUUCCUCUAGUAAAUAUGGAAAUGAUAAUUUUAUCUUUGCGCUAACAGCAGAUUGUGCUUAUGGAGAUAUGGAGCAAGUUAUUUGGGACAUGCUGCAGAUGAUCACCAAAAGCGCUGAGCGACGUAGCCUAUUUUUUCCGUCUGCAAUGGUCACGGCGGUACAAAAGCUUUUGUCAAACUCCAUUGGUAAGGCAGGCGGGUUUAGCUUCAGUGACGUGCGCUUGCUCGAUGCAGUGCCACAUUUCACGCUUCCAUGCCUGUUCAUAAGCGCAUCGAAGAAAGAUUUCUUCAUGCCCGAACAUACUAAAGUACUGUUCAACAGGUAUGGUGGUUCCAAGAGCUACGUUCAAUUCACAGGUCAGAUUGAUGACAACCGACCAGACGAAGUGCUGGACACAGUGAUUUCUCACUUUAGCAAGCGAUUGAAACUGUUAAAGAAGUGA